CAUUUUUAGACUGCUAUGUCGUGACCGGAGCGAUGCAAAUGUCACACUAUUCAUUGGCUACAGUCAGUCUCCGGCACGAAAACGUCAAUGUUUUUAUGGCGUUUGGCUGAAAUUGGCCCUGUGUUGCCCGGCUGCUGCUGUGGAAGGGGCUCGGUGGAGAGCCGAGGCUUCGUCGGGCUCGUUUCAGCACCUGGACAGCUCCUCUCGCAGGGUUCCCCGCUGCGCUCGCCGGGGAAGCCCUCUGCUGAGGAGCGGACCUGGAUCUGGAUCUGGAGCAGCUCACACUUACAACCCUCAGCCAGGAGGAGAUUGCACUGAAAAAGGUCGUCGUUUGAUCGCUCUGAUACACUUAGAAGCUAAUAUGAUCUUGCCGAGUGACGAUGCUUCUUGCAUUUGAGCUUCAACCCCUCGUUUGGUUUUGCACUGAAAUCCAAGCAGCGCAAGUGGGAGCAGAAGCAGCAGCAGCAGCAGCGGUGCUCGUCCAAUGCAAAAGUGCUAAGGAUAGCUGCAGCCUACACACACACUGCGAGCCUGCUGCUGCUUCACUUACUCUGAUCACCACCGAGGGAGACAUUACUAUCAGCAAGGGGGCAGCGGGAAGCACAAUUACCCAUCAACAAUGUAAAUCUCACACAGGUUCAACAUGAAAGCAACGUCUAUCAGGUGAAAAGGUGAACUGCAGCACUAAAACAGGCAGAAUUGAGUGGAAACCUUGUGAUAACCACCAUCACCACCACCACCACCACUACUACAUCUAUCCUCUCCAUCAUCCCGCGACAUGGCUAAUGCUGAGGAAAUGGAGCAGGCAGGUCUGUCGGACUUGGAGAUCAUCUCCCAGCCGGUGGAGGAUGAGAACCAGUGCUUGGCUCCUCCAGUCCAGCUGGUGAGUUUUGGCUACAGAGAUCUGCCCCUCGCAGCUCUGGACCUCUCACUGGCUGGCUCGCAGCUCCUCUCCAACGCAGAUGAAGAUGAAAACAGGGAAGGCUCCACUCAAUCUCACCAGCAGUUGGAAACAUGGACGGCUAUAUAAACCUGCUCAACACACACUGGCAGCAGAAAGGAUGCAGAGAAAGAGGAGGAGAGGACAGAGAAAGAGGGGAAGAUUUACAGAGCAAGAAAAGAAAAAAAAGACAUUUUAUACUCCAUGUUUGUGUUCAAAAAAAUCUUGCAAUUUGACUAAAAUGAGUUUUAGGUUGUGAAAAACGUCAAUGUGAAAAUCCCACCAGUUUGAGAGGUGACCUUGUCCACUGUAUGCACUUGUCUACUAGUGACUUGGGCCAGGUGGUUCUGUCAGGCCGUCAGGGCCGAGUGGGUCAGAGAAACAUUUGCUACUGUUCUGUUGCUUUAAUAAGACUCAUUAAUAUACUGCAUGUGUCACCAGCAGUGUCUGACUGCGUCCCCUCUGGGCUAGGCUAGUUUUGGCAUGACAUGAAGUAAGGACACACACAUUCACUGAAUUUAGCCCAUUUGUCUUAUAUAUCAAAGCUAAGUCUUCCUACUUCCUACUUGUGAAUUCAGGCUCCUUAUUCAUAUGUGAGUGUGUGUGAUGUAUUGGCCUGUGUGGUGCAGUUAGCCUGUGACAAGACGGUGUAUGUUAUCGAUUCUGGGCAGAUUGUAACUCACUGGUUUAUUGCCUUGUUGACUUGUUUUAAUAUCCUCCGAUGAUAGAUCUGAUCCUGGUGAGGAUGCUGCCUUCGAUGCACCAUGAUCAAGAAAGAUAUGGAUUACAAUGGAUAUAGGGGGCAAUUGUACUGUUUUCCUAUUUACCUAAAGACAGACAAACUCAUGAAUGCCUUUUUCAAGGCUGUGUAGACUUUGAAGGCCAUGCUGUAUGGUGAGUUUAGUUCCAUUUAACAUGCGGAAAAUACACUUACAACAAGGGUUUAACACUUAACACAGCAUUAACAAUCUCUCUGACCAUAUACAAUCAUGUGGGACUGGUUCCUCAUGGCUGUAACUGAUGUGACCCCCCUUUUUUGUAUUUUUUGAGUGAAAUUAGUGUCUUUCCAUAUACACAGAUUAAAAUGUACAGUUUAUUUAGCAUCGAUAUUCAUCUCCAGGGUAUUUUAAAGGUGUGUAUAUCUGCAUUCCUCCUUAUUUCACAAUGCAUAUGUUAAUAUUCACACAGUAAUGAUCUGCUUUGGCUUCUUAUUAUUAUGAUCACCCAACCCUAAAGCUGUUUUGGAAACUAAACAUUCUACAGUUUCAAACUUACACA